AUGAAACGUUUAGGAUCUCGUGUUAAUCUUAUCCCUGUUAUUGCUAAAGCUGAUACUCUUACACCAAAUGAUUUGGAUACAUUCAAAAGAAAAAUAAGAGAAGUUAUUGCAACACAAAAUAUUCAAGUUUAUCAAUGUCCAGUUGAAAGUGACGACGAGACAAAUACUAAACGCAACAUGAACAUUAUGGCUUCCAUGCCAUUUGCAAUCAUCGGUAGUGACCAAGAUGUUACUACACUUGAUGGUCGUAAAGUAAAAGGUAGACAAUAUAGCUGGGGUGUUGCAGAAGUUGAAAACGAAGAUCAUUGUGACUUUAAAAAACUUCGUGCACUUCUUAUUAGGUAA